GAGACAUACGGCCCCAGGCCCCUAGACCUAUCACCAUGACCGCGGCCGCCGCCUCCAACUGGGGGCUGAUCAUGAACAUCGUGAACAGCAUAGUUGGGGUCAGUGUGCUCACCAUGCCGUUCUGCUUCAAGCAGUGCGGCAUUGUCCUGGGGGCCCUGCUCUUGGUGUUCUGCUCCUGGAUGACACAUCAGUCCUGCAUGUUCUUGGUGAAGUCCGCCAGCCUGACCAAGAGGAGGACCUAUGCUGGCCUGGCGUUCCAUGCCUAUGGGAAAGCGGGGAAGAUGCUGGUGGAGACCAGUAUGAUCGGGCUGAUGUUGGGGACCUGUACCGCCUUCUACGUUGUCAUCGGUGACUUGGGGUCUAACUUCUUUGCUCGGCUGUUUGGGUUUCAGGUGACUGGCACCUUCCGUGUGUUCCUGCUCUUUGCGGUAUCCCUGUGUGCUGUGCUGCCCCUCAGCCUGCAGAGGAACAUGAUGGCCUCCAUCCAGUCCUUCAGUGCCAUGGCCCUCAUCUUCUACACUGUGUUCAUGUUUGUGAUUCUGCUGUCUUCCCUCAAGCACGGCCUCUUUGGUGGGCAGUGGCUGCGGCGGGUCAGCUACGUGCGCUGGGAGGGCGUCUUCCGCUGCGUCCCCAUCUUCGGCAUGUCCUUUGCCUGCCAGUCUCAGGUCCUGCCCACCUAUGACAGCCUGGACGAGCCGUCAGUGAAAACCAUGAGUUCCAUAUUUGCCUCCUCCCUCAACGUGGUCACCACCUUUUAUGUCAUGGUGGGGUUUUUUGGUUACGUCAGCUUCACUGAUGCCACCGCAGGCAACGUCCUGAUGCACUUCCCCUCCAACCUGGUAACAGAGAUGAUCCGUGUGGGCUUCACGAUGUCAGUGGCCGUGGGCUUCCCUAUGAUGAUCCUGCCCUGCCGACAGGCUCUGAACACGCUGCUUUUCGAGCAGCAGCAAAAAGAUGGUACCUUUGCAGCUGGCGGCUACAUGCCUCCACUCCGGUUCAAAGCGCUCACCCUCGCAGUUGUGUUUGGAACCAUGGUUGGUGGCAUCCUGAUCCCCAAUGUGGAGACUGUCCUGGGCCUCACGGGUGCGACCAUGGGAAGCCUUAUUUGCUUCGUCUGCCCUGCUCUGAUUCACAGGAGGACGCACAAGAGUGCCCUCUCCCCCCAGGUGGUGCUCUGGGUUGGCCUGGGCGUCCUGGUGGUUAGCACACUCACCACCCUAUCUGUGAGUGAGGAAGCCCCCGUGGAUGUGGCACCAGAAGCCCCCGGCAGCCAGCUUAAGGAGGCCGAGGGUUUGAUGAAGGCAGAGGUGGUCCGGCUCUCAGCCCAGGAUCCGCCUGUGGACAAGGCCGAGGACAGCCGUGACAAACCAAAGCUGCCAAAGGAGAGGGAAGACCUGGAGCAGGCCCAGAUCAAGGGCCCCGUGGCUGUGCCUGGGCCGGAAGACGCCAAGGAGACACAGGAGGAGGCGCAGCUCGACCGCCCUGGUCAAGGGGUUGCUGUCCCUAUGGGUGAGGCCCACCGCCACGAGCCCCCUGUCCCUCAUGAUGAAGUGGUGGUAGAUGAAGGCCAAGACCGGGAUGGCCCAGAGGAGAACAAGCCUCCGUCCAGACAUGUAGAUGAAAAGGCUCCAGAGAGCAAAGGUCAGAUGGCGCUGCCCCUGCCACAUUCAGAAAGAGAAGAACGGGAGCCAGAGAAGGGGGAGGUCGGCAAGAGACCUGGACAGGACCAGGCCGCGGAGGAAGCAGGUGGUCUUCCUGAAGAGCCCCAGAAGGUUCCAGAAGCAGAUGGUCAGCCAGCUGUCCAGCCAGCAAAGGAUGACCUGGGGCCCGGCAAUCAGGACCUGCCUCCAGGGCCCCGGGCAGCACUGUCUGAGGAGCAGAAUGCCCAGGCAGCAGGUGUGGGGGAGAAGGCGGGCAGGGCGCUGCUGCCGAGAGACUCUGCGGGGGACAGCGAGCUGGGUGGGAAGGCCCCCCUCCGGGAAGAGAAGCCGGUGCCUGGGCCUGGGCCUGGGCCUGGGCCGCCCCCAGAACCCCGGGAGCAGAGGGAUGCGGAGCGACUGGGCAGAGAGCAGGCAGGCAGCAAGUUGGAGGCUGGCAGAGCCGAGAUGCUAGACCACGCCGUCCUGCUGCAGGUGAUCAAAGAGCAGCAGGUGCAGCAGAAGCGCUUACUGGACCAGCAGGAGAAGCUGCUCGCAGUGAUCGAGGAGCAGCACAAGGAAAUCCACCAGCAGAGGCAGGAGGAUGAGGAGGACAAGUCCAGGCCAGUGGACGCACAGCCAGAGCCUGGGGCAGCCAUGCUUAGAGGUCAGGAGGCCCGUGAUGGCCAGGCCGGGGAGAAAGCGGAGAAGUCCCUUCUGCAGCCUUUGGAACCUGAGCUCGGCACUCCUGGGGAUCACCCUGCUCAACCACAAGGGCCUGGCCACCGCUCCUGGGAGGCUGGUGGUGGCUCUGACACAGAGCCUCAGGUAGCACAGUCCAAGCCGAGAGAAAGCCAGAAAGGCACUCUGCCGGUGGUGGCCAGCAUCGUGAAGGAGCUGCCACACCAGGGUCUGAAACCAGUGCCUGGGAGCUCAGAGCAGCACCCUGCUAAAGAGUCCCCCAGGCAGAGUCAGGAUGGUCUUGGUGGACAUUCUCAAGAAAGAAAGAAACACAGGGAGGUGGCAGCAGAUGUCGGCACCAGCAUUCGGAAGGGGGAUGAUAGGUUUGUGGCAGGGCCAGGAGGGACUGGGGACCCUCAUGUGAAGUCCAAGCAAACACACCAAGAUCUGGGCCUUGCAGUGGGCCUGCCCAGCAGGUUGGAAGGGGCAGUCCCUCAACCCCACGCUGUGUUGCGUCAGCCAGAACCUCGUGCUGUCUCUGAUGGGACUCGGUUUGGGCAGGAGGGUGUCAGGCUGGGCCAUGGUGCUGUCCCAGAGACGGGAAAGGAGGCGCUUGGGGGGGACCACGUGCCACGUGAGCAGCUAGGAGCUGGGGAGGAUACUGCUGCCCAGGGGCCCAGGCAGAGGCCAGACCCUGACCCCAAGCUGGCUGUCCCUGGGGGUCAGAAGUCAGACAAUGCCAAGCCAAACCGAGACCUAAAGCUGCAAGCUGGCUCCGACCUACGGAGGAGACGGCGGGACCUUGUCCCACAUACAGACGGGGAGCCAGCACCCGAGGAAAGGGUCAUCAGCUUUAACCCCCUACCCCCUGAUGUCCAGGCAAAUGACCUCCGUGAAGCCUUGGAUGCUCAGCUCCGGCAGGCUGCAGGGGCCGCCCUGCAGGUGGUCCACAGCCGGCAGAUUAAACAGCUGCCUGGGGCCUCAGAGGAGUCUUAGACCUGGGUGGUGAGACUCACCCAACUGAACUCUGGAGGUUAAGCUCUUUUCUCCCCUUGGGUUUUACGUCUGAGACCCUUACAGAGUUUGGUGUGUGAAGGUCAAAAGGAUUUUGUUUCCAGAAUUUCUUGCCAUUCUUUUGCACUUCUCGGCCUGAGGUCCUCAGGCCUCUCCAGACCCAUGCUUGCUCCUGCCCACGAGGAAGAAGCUGUGUGUGCCUGUGCUGGCCAAUGCGACACACUCUGCGGCUUGGGGUUUGAGGAGAGCCCUGGCUGAGUCUGAGGCUGGGCACCGUGUUGCCAUCCCAUCACCUAUGGGGAGCCUGUGGGUAUUUAGGUUGAGCUGGAUGGUGAACCUGGGGUAUAGACGCCUUCAUCAGGCCGACUGCAGUCCCAACCAUUCAACCACGAACUCUAGUGAUGUUGUUGUAAUUAUUUAUCUGUUUUCUGUGCAUGUUGUAGAGAAUCUCAAAUAAAACCUUUGCCUUCACCCUGCCUUUCGCAGGGACCUCUGGGAGGCACCAGGA